AUGGAGCCCGGAUCAGGCCGGCAGCCCCUCCAGGUGCUGGGAGAGAACGAGGCGCUGCAGCAGUUCUUCAGUGGUCAGGAUGUGAGUGGUGUGUUGGACAGUUCUGUCGCUGUGGACACGAGCAUCCUGGAGCAGUACCUCAGCAACGACAUGGACCCCAACAGCUUCAUGCUCCCUGAGUCUCCUCCUGACUCGAGCUCAGAGGCCUGUUCUCCUGCACAUGAUACCAGGUACUACCUCCAUUACGAGCCAUCCUAUUGGUCGAACCAGGAGGUAUUCCAGCCAACACAACGGCCUGCCCCCUCGUCGUCCUGUCGCUUUAAGGAUCGAGGCCCCCCCCCCGCCCACCACGAGCUGCUGACCCACGAUCAGCUCCGCAGUUUGGGCCUCACAAACACUUACAUCAAGUCUGGGACCUCACCUGCUCCACCUGCCCCCCUGAUCCAACACACACACCGCUCACCUGAACACACACACUACCUGAGACUAGAGAGCUGCUCGCAGGUUUACACGCCUCCCACGCCGCCUUCCCCGCCCCAACCCCCCUCAAACAGCUACGCCACGCCCUGCACUGGUUCGGGCCUGGUCCCUAAUUUAUCCACGCCAUCUUCAACCUACCUGCUCGGCUCCACUUCCACGCUACACACCUGCUCCCCAGAGAGUAAAAAGAGGAGGAGAUCUGAGUCUGAGGACCCGUCGGUAGGAGUCGAGGCUUCCUGUAGUGAAGGUGACGGUGUAGGGAACGGCGUCGGUGGUUUGGGAUCCUACCAGCUGCUGACCUGGGAGCACUACAGACCGGAUCACUGGGAGCACCUUAUACGACAGCAGCAACCCAGACAAUGUGAGUCUCCUCCAGCCUACCACGUCGACACAGAUAAAGGUUUCAACUACUCUGCAGCUGACGAGGCCUUCGUCUGCCAGAAGAAGAACCACUUCCAGGUCACUGUUCACAUCGGCGUGGCCGCAGAGCCACAGUACGUCAGAACGCCCAGCGGGCCGCAGCAGGUCGACCACUUCCUGAUUAAAGUGUUCGGGUCAAGGUACCUGGAGUCUCCGAGCCACCAGGUGACCAUCGAACAGUCUCAACCCAACCGCAGCAAGAAGUCUUUCCACCCUGUCAGGGUCAGUCUGCCCAGCGGUAAAAUCAACAAGGUAACGCUCGGCCGACUGCACUUCAGCGAGACGACGUCCAACAAUAUGAGGAAGAAAGGAAAACCCAACCCUGACCAGAGGUAUUUCCAGAUGGUGGUUGGUCUGUACGCUGCAGUGGGAGGAGACGAGACGUUCCUCCUCACAGCGCUGGUGUCGGAGAGGAUCAUCGUCAGGGCCUCUAACCCCGGUCAGUUUGAGAUGGACGGGGACGCCUUGUGGCAGCGCGGGGCGGUGCAGGACGCCGUGGUCUGUCAAGGCCGAGUGGGCAUCAACACCGACUCCCCUGACGAGGCGUUAGUUGUGUGUGGGAACGCCAAGGUGAUGGGCGCCGUCAUGCAGCCGUCCGACCGCCGUGCCAAGGAAAACAUACAGGAGGUGGACUCUGAGCAGCAGCUGAAGAGAAUCACUCAGAUGAGAAUAGUUGAGUUUGAUUAUAAACCAGAGUUUGCCUCCACCAUGGGGAUAGACCACACCCAUGUUUCAGGUAUAAUAGCUCAGGAGGUGAAGGAGCUGUUGCCGUCGGCGGUGACGGAGGUCGGAGACGUAAACUGUUCUGACGGAGAGAAGAUUCACAACUUCCUUAUGGUGGACAAACAGAUCUUCAUGGAGAACGUGGGGGCGGUGCAGCAGCUGUCGAAGCUCACCGAUAACCUGGAGACUCGGAUCAAAGAGUUGGAGGUGUGGAACCGCCGACUGGCGAAGCAGAGUCUGACAGGCAGCCUGCGCUCCACCGGGAAGCCCAGGAAACACAGCGCUGUGUCGAUGGCAGCGAGUCCUGACGCCUGUAAGACAGGUAGAGUUCAGAAGGACGGCUGGUGUCAGAAGUACAGCCACUGUCUGCGGCAUAAAGUCUUCCAGGCCAGCGUCUUCACCCUGCUGGCCACCAUGGCCUUCUGCGUCAUCUCUAUCACCAGUCUGUACCUACUAAACCUAAAGGAGGAAGACUUUGACAUCAACAGUAACGCUAGUGUGGUUCCUAUGCAGACUACAGCCUGGAGCAGCACAGUCCCUCCAACCAGACCACCUGGCCCGUGGCCAGACGUGGACUUCUGUGACUGCUGUUACUGUGAGCGGGUGUACUGCUGCCCUCCACCUUCAGGGGCGGCACCGACCUCCAACACCACCUCCACUGAACCAGCUGGAGAAGAAACGUCCUCAUCUGACAGAAGAAAAGAAAGACCUUAUGACAAGCUGAAAAAUGACAGAGACUGGACGAACACCACCAUCCAUUCGUUCAUGAUCAAAGAGAACCAGCAGGUGAUUGACAGUAGAUACUGCCUCAGAGACCAAUGUGGACCAGGUAGAUACACCUUCAGAGUUCCCAUCAGCCAGUUUGUUCCAGUCAACAUGAGAGUCACCCUGCUCAUGAAUUCCACAGAGCUGCUGGUGGUUCAUCUGUGUAGUCUCGAUGAGUCAUCAACCUGUUCUGCUCUGCUGGAUAUGAACUCUGUCACUGGGAGCGGAUACCAAUCAAACACUCAGGGAGAACAUGAAUGGCCUCUUCACGUCGCUCGUGUUUAUCACGGCUCAUAUCACUUUCGCUCAACGGUGGCGGGUCAAGCAGACUGCAGUACUGACCACCACUACGCGGGGGCGCUCUUCACUGACUACCACUUCCACUUCUACAGACGCUGCACCGACUCAUAGACGCACAUUUAAAGACAAAUGACGACUAAAUAUUCAUAUAUUCAAAUUUGCUUUUCUAACACAAUCAGAGAAAUUGAAGCAGACUGACAGGACUCUGCUUUAUGUUUUUUUUAAAAGCUACAAAUGCAUUUUUAUUGUGAUAUAAGUCACUUUGCUGAUAGAUUGUUCUGCGUAAUUGCAAAAAAAAAUAGUCUUGCAGUGGAAGUUGUUUAGAUCAGAUACACCAAUUUCUCCUUUUAUGAUCUAUUUACUGUCUUUUAUUCUCACGUCUUUCCUGCUGUGUGAGAAAGUGUUCAGACCAACAGAAAAACUACAAUAGAGAUUGAACUAGAUUUUUUAUAUAUAUAUAUAUAUAUAUAUAUAUAUACAUACACACACAGUGUAUAUGUGUAUAUGUAUAUAAAUAUAUAUGUAUAUAUAUAUAUAUAUAUAAAUUCAACCUGAUAUCACGGCAAAGCGUGUAAUAGACCGACCUGUCCAUAGCGUGUGAUGGUAUGUGUCCACAGUCUUCGUCCUUUCCCCGCUUCCCAUUCCUCAUCUAUGUUAGCAGCAUGUGCAAUGCAUUUCUGGUAGCAUGGUGCUGCGAUUCGAGAGAUGGGAACGUCAUGUCGCCAGCUCCUCAUUUGCAUAAAGUUGAGGUCUUGGCUACUUUAUGCAAAUCAGGGGCGUCUGGCGCAACAUGGAAACUCCCGAGAAACUUUUAAACUAAACGUUGUCGAUCUAAAAUAAAGAUUCAGCAACUGCAUGUAUUAUUUCUCACAUAAAAUGUUUCAGAAACACAUUUUGGUGAACUACUUUAAUGAUAUCAGAGUUUUCGAACGAGCCGCCAUGUUGGUUCUGGUUUAAAGCUGGAGCAGCAGAAACCACGAGGGAAAGCGUUCGUUCCAAUCAGGUUGCCCUGUGUCUAGUAGCAGCUAGGAUGUCACGAAACCAGUAAUCUAGUAAGUCGAUACCAAUACCAGUGAAUUUCCACGAUUCUCGAUACCAAAUUCGAUAAAAAAAUCCCAUGUAAUGUGUAAAUGUGUCUAUAUAUAUCCUCAGAUUGCAAGCAGAAGUUUGAAUCACUGACAUGGUGACAUUUCACUGGGUUAGGCUACCAGAGUGGGACCAAGUCAUUGUUUUGCAAGUCACAAGUAAGUCUCAUGUCUGUGACUCAAGUCCUAACUCAGGUCUCCAGUCCUAAACAGGCCAUAUGCACAAAGUAAAUAAACAAAAUGGAUUGGGAGUUAAGUGUAAGAUAAUCAAAUGCAAGUCCCAAUAACAUUCACCGGAAAUACAGAGUCCAGAGUUCAAUAAAAAAAGACACCACUUUUCAGAGAUUUAGCAAUAAGCAACAAAAGAUAGAAAUUUAGUUUGUUCAGUUCAGUUUUCCCCCACGAGUGAAUCCUUUUCUCGAACAUAGAGGAUCUCUGCAUCUCUGGAUCUCGCUGCUGCAUGGCGCUGUUGUGUGUGUGUGCAGUGUGCGUGUGCGUGUGUCGUCAAACUCCGACAGAGAGGAGAGCACAGAAGCAGCCGCAUUUGGCGCUUGGCGGGAGUUAAUUUCGGACCCUGCAGGCAUCGUACGGUACCGCCGGUACUGUAGAAAAAGAGAGUACCGUCAAGUUAUUAGAAUUUUGGCAUCUACUUGGUACCGAAGUAUCGGUUCUCUUGACAUCCCCUAGUAGCAGCCCGUCAAGCGUCCAACGCUGGGGAAGCGAGGCGAUCCUUGAUAAAAAACGCCCCUGUGGACAUCAGUGUCAUGUUUUGCCUCACUGAGGCGUAAAUAUUACACACGCGUUCGAAGGUGCAGGACCCAGCAGGGGGCAACAAACCACUCACUUCGGGUUAAGGAAAAACAUCAUGGUUGAAUAAGUAAAAUACGUACGGAGACGCAACAUAAGUAAGGAAAACACGUCACUAGAAAGACGUCACCAACGUAACUUACAAACAAAAACGCCGGUCUCUGGUUAAAGUCUGUGUUUGUUGGACCCGUCCACCUCCCCUACCGCCCGCCGUUAGCAGUCUCUCUCCCCUUUAUUCUAGUCAUUACACACAGUCAGUGAAAAUGACUGAAUGCGUUCUAUUACACUUUUUUGCAUUAUUGUGCAUUAUUUUGACAUUCACACACACCCAGGCUGAAGAAUUAGCAGUGGUCAGACAUGAAAUUCACUAUAUGAUGACUAGUGAUGUACAGAAAUCCGUCAGUGGAUUUAAUUUCCCCUUAAGCAGUGAUUAUCUUAUUCCUAAGAUAAUGCUAAUUAUCUUUAUGUUUCUAGCUUUUCUCAAAUCUUGAUUGAGUUGUGAUAUUCUGGAGAGUUGACCUUAUUUAGGCUGUAAAAACUCAACUAUUAGUACAUUACACAGCAGACCUAUCACAACCUGUGACGAGGUGUUGCUCAGUUUGAAACUAGAAUGAUGUCGUUUAUAAAUAUAAAGGUUAUUUGCUGCAAAGUGCUGAUCUCAUUCUGAGGAACAGGAUGUGGAAGAAAUUUUGGGAUUAGUUUUUUCAAAAUCCCAUGAAAACCAUUUUCUGAGAACGAAAACCUGAACGUUGAUCUCAGAAACUGAAUUGUUGUACUUCAACUGUAUUUGUGAUUUACUCUUAAAGAACAAAACUGUUCUCUCUAAAAGACAUUCUUCUAAAUUCAGGAAUUGAAAGAAAUGUGCUUAGUCGCAAAGCCAGUAAUUAACAAGAUGUUAACGCUUACUUAUCAAAAUAAAUAGUUUAUGAGUGUGAAACUGUUCAAAUGAGCUGAAUUGAACGUGCCCUGAAUCCUGACUGCUCUGCUUUAUGUGAAAUUAAAAUGAAUAAAACAGUGAGUUUAAA